AUGGCCAACCCGAAAGAGAGGGAGAAGGAGCUGCACCGCGCGCGCCUCGUCGCCAGCGUCGCGGCAACCGUCAUCUCCCUUGCCUGUGGCACCAACUACGUCUACUCAGCAUGGGCACCACAAUUUGCCGAGAGAUUGAAACUCUCCUCGACCGAAACGAACGUCAUCGGCCUCUCAGCCAACUUGGGAAUGUACUCACUCGGCGUUCCCGUCGGCAUGCUAGUCGAUCAUAAAGGCCCUCGGUCCGCAGUCAUUGGUGGUUCCGUUCUGCUUGCUCUCGGUUACUUCCCUUUCCAUAUUGCCUACGAUCGCGCGGCCGGCGCUGUCCCGCUUCUCUGCUUCUUUUCGUACCUCACCGGCCUCGGCGGCUGUAUGGCCUUUGCUGCCGCUGUCAAGACGUCCGCCCUCAAUUGGCCUCAUCAUCGCGGCACUGCAACGGCUUUUCCCCUCGCUGCGUUUGGCCUGAGUGCCUUUUUCUUCUCAACAUGUGGCACCCUCUUCUUUCCUGGAAACACCAGCGCCUUCCUGGCCCUACUCUCAUUUGGAACCUGCGGCUUAACUUUCCUCGGCUUCUUCUUCCUGCGUGUCUGGCCCCAUACCAGCUACCACAGUCUGCCCGCCAGUGACGUCCUGUCUGGCUCACAGCAGCUUCAUCGUACGUCCUCGGAGGAGGCAAAAGCCAACCGCUCCGGUCCUGGGCGCCGCUCUUCCUUGGUUGAACCUGGUACGUCGCCCAAAAACACAAAAAAUACUACUACAACCACUCUCAAUCCCACCGCCGACAACGAGCCGAUUACCCCUCAGAAUGAACCGUCUGCGCCGUCUCGCGAGGCUGAUGAGGCGCGAAUCGAAGCCGUCGACGACGCCGAUGAUUAUGAGCCCGACGAGACGUCCUCGCUAGUGUCGAGCUCCUCUUCAAUGCCCGGUGAUGUGUUUGUCCAGAGUAGUGUUGAUAUGGAUCGUUCCCAUCGUGUAGAUAUUCGUGGUUGGCACCUGUUUCGUGAACUCGACUUUUGGCAGUUGUUUUGCAUCAUGGGCAUUCUGACCGGUAUCGGGUUGAUGACUAUCAACAACAUUGGUAACGACGUGAAAGCUCUUUGGCGCCACUGGGACGAGUCAGUUGAUGAGGCAUACCUCAUCACCAUGCAACAGCUGCACGUCUCUAUCCUAUCCCUGUGCAGCUUUGCCGGCAGACUUCUGAGUGCUCAAAUUCUGGCGCUGAAUGUAACCAACCCUCACCUGUUGGGCCUGGUCUCUGGCCUAUCAGGCAUCGCCUAUGGCUUUCUCUUUGGUGUUUUCCCCUCGAUUGUUGCUGAAACAUUCGGUAUUCACGGCCUCAGCCAAAAUUGGGGUCUGAUGACGCUCUCUCCAGUUGUUUCGGGCAAUAUUUUCAACAUCUUUUACGGCAAAAUUUACGAUCAGCACAGUAUUCUUGGGCCGGACGGCGAACGCGUUUGCCAUGACGGGCUUAACUGCUACCGCGCCGCCUAUCUGAUGACCUUGGCGUCGUGCUCAGUUGGCCUCGUUCUGACGCUUUGGGUCAUCCGACACCAACGCGUGAAGUGGGCCAAGGAGGAGAAGGACAAGGCUGAGCAGCUGGAUUAG